CUUUCGCCGCCCCCGAGGACUCCACUGGAGUCUGGAGGUCGUCUCCGACGGAGACUCGCCGUCUGCUAGCGGCUGCGCCUUAUUCUAAUCGCUUCUCGUUUAAAAUUUCUGGGUUCGCUGUCUGGAUUUGAUGCGAUUGUUGCACAGACAUGGGCGGAGUUAUUGUUGGACUUUCUGCGUCAGUUCGUUGCGGCCUCCCUUUCCCCCUCCCCUUCCUCUUCUCCUCUUCUUACUCCUCGUGGUUGGUUUUGGGGCGUAACCUCCAAGAUUUACUCUCAGAAUAGCUUUCUCCUGCGCUGAGGGGUUGCGCUUGGAGGGAAUGGCAGGGCGGAGGAGAGAAAAAUGGUUUCUUGGGGAUGUGGCGGCGGCUGUGGCAGUGGUGCUUCUGGGUCUGGUUCGGCCUUUGGCGGCGCUGAGGCCUCUUAGGGGGAUGGAUUCUGCUGGUCCUUGGGGUGAUGAGAGACUUUUCCUGAGAAGACGUGAGAGCGAUGCCAAUCCUUAUUCAUCAUGGAAUAUUACUGGAACAUACAGAGGAAGAUGGAAUUUUGUAGAGACCGCCAAUGUCUCCUCUAGGCUUUUUGAUUUUGGGAAAUCUGAUGGUGUAUCAGUUUUAGAGUUGGUGAGUACGCCCACAAAGAUAAGUGGUGUACACUACAUUCAGGGGGCAGUUACUUUCUAUGAUGUGUUUGAAAAUGGACAUGAUCAUGGAUUUGCUAAGAUGAGAGUAGAAGGUGUAUAUAUUUGGCCCUUUAGACAACUUCGAAUGGUAGCUAGCAGUGGAGCAGAUGUUAAGUCUGUUCGAGAAGAGGAUUACUUUUUGUCCAAUCCAUAUUACUUGCUUGGUUUGUUUUCUUCGCAAGUGCUUCAAGAAUCUCACCAAGAUAAAGUAUGGAGGAGAAAAUCUCUAAAUUAUGACAUGGACAAACAUUGUAACAUAGAAAUAGCUGCUCAAGUUUCACGUACAUCAUCUCGACAAAGUGGAGGUAGAGACAAUGAACAGUACCAUUUAGAGGGCUUCUUAGAGAGUCCAAAGGUUGAAGAUGAUGGAGAGUGCUUUUCCCCCAUUUUGUUGAAUGCUACCUCAUUGAACAUUGAGGUUUACUACAAUAAAGCAGUCAACUACACGCUGAUGGUCACCUUUGUCUCCUUCCUUCAAGUUCUUCUUCUGAUCAGACAAAUGGAGCAUAGCAAUACCCAAUCAGGUGCUGUGAAGGUUUCUAUCGUAAUGAUCGGACAACAAGCUAUAUUGGAUGCAUAUAUGUGUUUAUUACAUUUGACAGCAGGAAUCUUAGUUGAGUCGCUAUUCAAUGCAUUUGCGACAGCGGCUUUCUUCAAGUUUGUUAUUUUCUCGAUUUUUGAGAUGAGAUAUCUCCUUUCCAUAUGGAAGGCAGGUAGACCUAUCAACAGUGGAGAAGGUUGGGAAACUAUGCGGCAUGAGCUGUCUGUUCUUUACAGCCGUUUUUAUGGCAUUCUUUUGGGAGGAGUUCUCUUCAUGUAUGAGCUGCACAAUUUCCUUCGUCCUAUUCUUUUAGUUAUGUACUCGUUUUGGAUCCCUCAGAUAAUCACUAAUGUCGUCCGGGAUACAAGAAAACCCCUGCACCCUCAUUACAUAAUAGGCAUGACGCUCACUCGUACUGCAAUUCCACUAUACAUAUUUGGUUGCCCGAACAACUUUCUGCGAAUUCAGAUCGACCGAAGUUGGUGUGUAUCUUUCUUGUUGUUUAUGACAUUGCAAGCACUGAUCCUUCUGCUUCAGAAUUAUUUUGGAUCCCGGUGGUUUAUUCCCCGUCAGAUCCUACCGGAGAAAUAUAACUACUACCGAAAGCUCGGGAACCACAGUAAUCAAGCAGUUGAUUGUGUGAUUUGCAUGACUGGUAUCGAACUUCCACAACGUCUGAAUGAUUACAUGGUUACACCAUGCGAUCACUGCUUCCAUACUGGAUGCUUACAGAGAUGGAUGGACAUUAAGAUGGAAUGCCCGACUUGCCGACGUUCCCUCCCACCUGCAUGAUCAUACUUGACUGGAAUUGAAACCUAUCAAAGGAUCAAAAAGUGUAACAAAGAUAUGCAUACAUGACUAAAGAUCUGUCGUAUGAUCUCGAAAUUUCUGGAGAUCCUGAUUUGUGUUCAUGAAAUAUCAAUAUUGUAAAGUUGAAAGGAUGGCCUGAGGAUCUGAAGAAAAGAUCAGAUGAAUCUAAUAGAAAAUAGCAUUGUAAGUGAUAAUAUUGUAAUAUUUCCACUAUUCUUUUUUCGCUGUGCUAGUGUUACAAAUAUGUUUGCUCUUCUUCUUAUUUCAAAGCUGACAAUAAAUUGCUAUCCAGUAGAAUGUAAUUUUUAUCUUCUAUAGCAUCAAUAAGCUCAGCUAAAGAAAUCAAGGUUCUUCAA